AUGUCGGGCAAAUACGUCUUUACCAAGGGCCUGAAGGAGCUCCGCUUCCUUUUCUGCCAGACUUCUGAGCAAAGCGCUGCCACACGAACCUUCCUUAACCGCGCCUAUCCUACCAUGAAAAAGCACAACCCUCACACUCCUAUCCUCAUGCGCGAGGCUUCCGGCACCGUUCCACGGGUUUUUGCCCGAUACGAUCUCGGAAAAGAGACACAAGAAGCGCUCUCUGGUCUCUCCGACGCACAGAUUGAAGAGCGCAUCACCACCUUGGUGAAACAGACCUCAUAA